AUGCAUCGGUUUCGCAAAAACAAGAAAGUCAAAGAGACCCAGGAUGAGCUGGAAAAUGGGUCGUCGGCAUCGUCAUCGCCGUUCAGUUUGAUGCCAUCGAAGAAAAAGGACACAGCGGAGCCCCAACUAGACCUAGACCUAUCGGCGGCCCUUCCAUCAUCGGAUAAUUUCCGCACCAGUCUGCUCAUGCCGAAGCUGUCGGCUCGAUUCAGCAUGUUGAGAGAGCAAGACGACCCAGCCUCGUUAAUUGGAAAAGCCAGCGAUGAUAGUGUUUUGUUUCCCAAGCGAGCCUCUCGGCUGAACCUCUUCGGCCACAACCCCAGCAUGUUGACCGACAUCGACGAAGUAUCCUCCAACGACGGCAGCCGCCCGUCAAUGGCAUUGGGACGAACCGACUCCUACGCAUCUGGCAUGGACGGCGGGUAUGGCACCGACGACGACCGUUCACAAAAUGGCAGCAUCAUGAGCCGAGCGCGUCGGGCCGAAGGAAACAACCUCUUUGGCGGCCGCCAGAAGGUUUACCGGAUUCCGGUGCGGUCGCCUGGGGGAGCAUCGCCUAGCUCGACUGAGCCCAACCGCGGCAUGGGCAAAUUUGUCUACGAGCAUGACCUGAAUUUGUCUACUUUCCAGAAAAUGAGGCAUAAGGAGAAGGAAGAGCAGCGACUUGCGGAAGAGGCAGCCCAAGAAGCAGCCCUGCAGGAAUCAGAGGAUGCCAUCUCUACCAUUUCUUCCACCAAGCGCACCACCUACUCCUCCACAGCAUCCGGACCUACCAUCAAUGCUCGCACCUCAACUGCAGCCACUUCGAUUGACGAGCCCCUAUUCAAUAAUUCCCCAUCGCAAGUACCCGCGAACCCAGCCCCGGAAUAUCCAGCCGACCCUUACCCACCAUCUGCGAUGUCGACACCCCGGACUGGCUCUGUCCGAUCCCGUCGUCUUUACGGCCAAGGCCUUACUCAGACCGCCCACAACCAACAGUCCUCGACUUUGCAUCGCCUGGAAAGCCUAAGUCGCCAACGCGCCGGGACCCCAGAUCUUCAUCCUUUAAACCGCAAUUUCUCCCGUAGCGCCAGCAACCUGCGUGAUCGACUCCAGAAGCUUAACAUCGCCGAGACAGCUACCGAACCCCGACCUACUAGCCCUCCCUCCUCGGCGACAUCGCCCAGACCUGCUGAGGCCGCUCCCAAGGAUCGUAUUUCUCCUCUGGCUGCUAAUUUUGGAGCUGUUCCUCCUCUCAGCCCACCAUCCAGCGAGACUGAAGACGGUACGAACCUGCUGGCCGCGGCACUCAAUCCCGAGGACCACGGAAAGGCCACUGCCAUGGGCCUCUUCAACCGACCUGCCACGGGCUUCGACGAGCAGCAGUUCAUGCGCCGCCAGCUUCAGAUGCACCAGGGCCGAAACACCCCUCCACCACGACGGCCCUCUCCCCCUGGUCGGGCUGCGCCACAGGAACCAGCUGGUCGUUCGCGCGGCCUGUCCAAGUCCAGCUAUCGUUCUCGAGCUGAGUCUGCUUCCUCGCACUACAGUAGUGAUGCGCACCACGGUGUUGAUCAUUCUCGGGCAUCUAGUAUCGAGGCUUCACCCGGGCAACCUGGCGUGAGAACAUUCUAUGCCAACUCGACUGCCAGCGACUCCGGAGACGAGAACGACGAUCGCCGUUCGUACGAGGUGUCUUCCGUGACUUCCAUGGCCACUGACUUCGGACAUCCGCUCCAAUAUGCUAGUACUGCAUCCAAGCCCCCCACUCCCACUGGCGAGCAUCUGGGACCACUCCCAGAGGUGAGGUAUUCGGAUCUAGGCGAUCUGAAGCCUAUCGAGGAGGACGAUAUUUAUGAUGAGAACAAUCUCUCUGUCCAGAAUGGAGAUAUCACUCCGGAGCGACCCGACUCGCCAACAUUCGGGCUGAACGGCUUUAUCCGAUCUCAUUUGCGCCAAGUGAGCAACCAGUCCUCCAUCUACCCUCCGCCAUCCCCAGUCCUGCCCCAGGGUCCCAAUGCGAAUCACUUUGCCGCCGAGGAACUUAUCUCGGUGGCUGCUACUCCCGCGAUCACCCCCGAUGAGGAGGGUUCGACUUUCAACAUGCAAAUUGAGCCGUCGAGCCCGAAGGCUCCAUCCCAGCAGUCUUCUGAUGUCACUGCCAAUCGCUCCAGCGAAGAUUCAUCUGAUACUGGCACUAUGCCUGAGGCGCGCUCCGUCGCUUCAAACUCCACACACUGGAAAGACGAGCUGGUCUAUCAGCACCGUCGAGGUGGCAGCACCGAGACGCAGAAGGAGCGCGAGGAAUUCGCCAUUGAGCUGGCCGAACGGCGCCGCAAGGUCCAGGAGAAGCUGCGCAGCGUUGCGGAGAGCGAGAGUCGUUCAAGCAGCCCAGCUCCCGGCCGACAGACUCCGGAUUCCACUCAAAUUAAGGCCGGCAACGCGUUCUCCCUGCUGAAGCACAAGUCUAACAAGCAAGGCUUUCCGAAGUCGGACUCCAAGAGCAAGAUGUAUGGUUACCACAGUGGCUCUACCCCUGCGCUGGUAUCGGAAGACUCCUGGCGCGAGGAGGAACACCCCUCUUUCAACUUCGGUCUUCACUCCAAUUCCAGCUCUCCGCACGUUGGAUCGGAGCGGUCGAUCCGGUCGCGCAUGCCGACCACCGGUCGCAGCAGCAACGAGGAGUCUCGCGAAUCCAGCCGGAGCCGUGGCCCCUCGCCGCACAGUGGCUUCCGGUCUCGUUCUGACUCUGAUGCCUCUGGCCGGUCCAAGAGCCGAACCCGAUAUCGCGAGCGCGAUGAUCUCGAGACUGUGGACGAGGGAGCCGUCAUUGCUCAUGAGAAUUUUGUUGUUCCCGAGAACUUUGAGCCACCUUCUAUCGCAAGCUCGAACCACCCCUCUAUGGAGGCUGAGCCUCUCAUGUACGAUCGCUCCUCUUCCGCUGCUUCGGGCAGACACCGCAGCGCCAGCCGCUCGGGGACUCCAAGUUUCCAGUAUGAGCGCCCGUUCCAAUAUCAGCAGUCCCACCCGCCUGCGAUAAUCGGUGCCUCGCCGCGACCCUCUCCCGCUGCUCCUCCAUACUCGGCCAACGCAACUCCUCCGCUCAACGAGGACCAGUCUGCAACCGCCCCCGUCUCUUCUGCCGCUGGUGGCGCUCAUGCCCUGCCUCAACGCACGCCCGGCGGACACCUCCUGCUCCAGAAGCGCAGUAUCAACAAGAAGCUAAUCUCCGAGCCGACCUUUGUGUCGUCCACCUCCAAUGUGCCUGUUGUUGGUCUCCCAUCUGGCAGCUCGAUGUCGUCCGUGUCCUCCCAGCAAGGGGCUGCCGCGCCCCCGCUCCCACCUAUGAACCCCCGUCGCCGCCGCGGCACCCAGACUAUACUGAGCGCCUUCAAGUCUGACAAGCACGACUCUCGGGUGUCCUCCCCGGCCCCGAGCGUCUCGGAUGAGCAGAGCUACUUCCCCGACGACGAGAAGCGCUCGCGCUCACGUAACCGUCUCCGCAAGACCUCCAGCGAAGGUGGCAACUUGAACGCACGCGCGCGCCAGGAGGCCAUGGCGAGCCCUGCCCCAUCCGUCCCACAAUACCCCCCGCCCGCGAUUCCUACGAAUGGCGGCAUGUUCUAA